UUACUGGACAAACUUAUGGUGAUCUGCCCCAAUGCUGACUACUGCGAAGCUUUGGUACCACGUUUUAAGCUAUCGGAUCACCUGAACCUGGAAUGCCGUGGUGCAAUCCAGCCAUGCCGGUAUGCUAAUUGGCUCGGCUGUCGAUUUAUAGGUCCUCUUGCUGCACAUACGGCUCAUUUGAACACACAUCUUGGUCGUAUAGAGCAUCUUCCGUCGCUCUCACCUGAGACCUCAGAUGACACAAGCGGCGAGGAUGAACUAGGCACAAAUCGACCGGCACAACUCCACCCUCCCUCCGUUCCAAGAAACCUGGACCCAUUUGAUGACGGCGUAAUUUUUGAAGGCGUUCCGUCUCGCUUGACCAUCAAAAGGCGACCUCGGUAUAUGGAUUUGGGCUUCACUUUUGUUGGCGGACUGGAUACACCCUUAGUGUGCCUAAUUAUUCAAGAAAUUUACCAAGAUGGCCUGGUUGCAAAGGAUGGUCGGCUCCGCCCUGGAGAUCAAAUCUUGGAGGUUAGCUUACUUCUGCUUACUCUGAAUGCAAGCUAA